GGACUGUGCCGGAGCGUCACUGGCGGAGGAGGAGGGCGCGCCAGGCGAGUCGCAGCUUGCAGGAGCUGCGGGAGACGCGUGACUUCACUGUCGGGCGCAGUCAGGGUGGCACCUACAGACCCCAGGCACGGCCCCGGCGUAGGGGGCCGGGGAGUGGCGAGGGGGCGGUCCCGGGUGAUGCGCAUCUCCUAUUGGCUGUCCGGCACCUCCCCACUGCAAGGCGAUUUAAGCCGCGGUGGAGCCCGGAGCCGCACAGCGCCCCCGCCACCGCGUUCUCCCUGCUGCUGCUUUCAUGCUUGCCCGCCCGCCAUGGCCAGCAUUAAGGACCUCGAGGGGAGGUGGCGCCUGACGGAAAGCCAAGGCUUUGAGGAAUACAUGAAGGAGCUAGACCAUCUGCACCUUCACCGACGGUGCCCUGGUCCAGCACCAGAACUGGGACGGGAAGGAAAGCACAAUAACCAGAAGAGUGAAGGAUGGAAAGCUGGUGGUGGACUGCGUGAUGAACAAUGUCACCUGCACUCGGGUCUAUGAGAAGGUGGAGUGAGGAUGCCGCUCCACCCCGGACAGGAGUGAAUGAGCUCAGUUCAAUGAGCAGGUCAUAAAUAUCUGCACUGCUUUUUUUUUUUUCAGUUUUAUUUUUCAUGACUGUGUUCAACCAUCUUUAUCACCAGCACUUUACAUGAAACCCAUGUCAGAGUGUUGGUUUAACUGGGAUCUUCCCUUUGGUUAGUAAAUAAAUGUGUUUGUGCUACUUCA